AGGCCAUGCGCACUAUAACAUGCCUCCUCAGGUGGCGCCGGAGCAUUGUGGGAUUGGAUGAGUCUCAAGAUGGACAACCGGGAUGUUGCAGGAAAGGCUAACCGGUGGUUUGGGGUUGCUCCUCCCAAGUCUGGAAAAAUGAACAUGAACAUCCUUCAUCAGGAAGAACUCAUAGCUCAGAAGAAACGGGAAAUUGAAGCCAGAAUGGAGCAGAAAGCCAAGCAGAAUCAGGUGUCCAGCCCCCAGCCCCCGCACCCUGGCGAAAUUGCAAACACACACAACUCUUCUGCUUCCAACAAGUUUGCCAAUGACGGCAGCUUCUUGCAGCAGUUUCUGAAGUUGCAGAAGGCGCAGACUAGCACAGAUGCUCCCCCCAGCGUGCCCAGCGCCCCACCUCGAGUACUCCCCCGUGCUGGGAAGAGGCCUCCCCUCAUCAGCAGCCCACUGAACCAGGUGAAGAACUAUGUGCACGCUAAGCAGCUGCCCCUGGCCAGCCGCCCUAGUGUCUUCCAAUCUCCUGAUGAGGACGAAGAGGAAGACUAUGAGCAGUGGCUGGAGAUCAAAGUUUCACCCCCAGAGGGAGUCGAGACUCGGAAAGUGAUAGAGAAAUUGGCCCGCUUUGUGGCAGAAGGAGGCCCCGAGUUAGAAAAAGUAGCUAUGGAGAACUACAAGGAUAACCCAGCGUUUUCGUUUCUGCAUGAUAAGAAUAGCAGGGAAUUCCUUUACUACAGAAAGAAGGUGGCUGAGAUAAGGAAGGAAUCACAGAAGUUGCAGACAACCUCUCAGAAAGUUUCACCCCCAGAGGACGAAGAGGUCAAGAACCUUGCAGAAAAGUUGGCCAGGUUCAUAGCGGAUGGGGGUCCUGAGGUGGAAACCAUCGCCCUCCAAAACAAUCGUGAGAACCAGGCAUUCAGCUUUCUGUACGAACCCAGCAGCCAGGGUUACAAAUACUACCGCCAGAAACUGGAGGAGUUCCGAAAAGCAAGGGCAGGCCCGACAGGCACCCAAAUGGUGCCGGAGCUCUGCCCUCAGCGCAGACCGCCUCCUGAGAUCCUGUCGGGAUCUGUACCCCUCACUGCUGCUUGCCCUACUUCAUCUGCCCCCUCACCUGGUGUCAACCCAGCUCCAGCUGCCCAUGGAAAGCCAGCCACUACAGCCACUGUGAAGAGGAAGCGAAAGAGCCGAUGGGGGCCUGAGGAGGAAAAGGUGGAACUCCCACCCACCGAGCUGGUGCAGAGAGACGUGGAUGCCACCCCCUCACCCCUGUCAGUUCAGGACCUCAAGGGGCUAGGCUACGAGAAGGGGAAGCCCGUGGGUCUAGUAGGCGUCACGGAACUGUCAGACGCCCAAAAGAAGCAGCUGAAGGAGCAACAGGAGAUGCAGCAGAUGUAUGACAUGAUCAUGCAGCACAAGCGAGCGAUGCAGGACAUGCAGCUGUUGUGGGAGAAGGCACUGCAGCAGCACCAGCAUGGCUACGACAGUGACGAGGAGGUGGACAGCGAGCUGGGCACCUGGGAGCACCAGCUGCGGCGCAUGGAGAUGGACAAGACUCGGGAGUGGGCUGAGCAGCUGACGAAGAUGGGUCGGGGGAAGCACUUCAUCGGAGAUUUUCUGCCACCAGAUGAGCUGGAGAAGUUCAUGGAGACCUUCAAAGCCUUAAAGGAAGGCCGUGAGCCUGACUACUCGGAGUACAAGGAAUUCAAGCUGACGGUGGAGAAUAUUGGCUACCAGAUGCUGAUGAAGAUGGGCUGGAAGGAGGGUGACGGUCUAGGCUCAGAGGGCCAGGGCAUCAAGAACCCAGUUAACAAGGGCACAACUACAGUGGAUGGCGCUGGCUUUGGCAUUGACCGGCCAGCAGAGCUUUCUAAGGAGGAUGACGAGUACGAGGCCUUCCGCAAGAGGAUGAUGCUGGCUUAUCGCUUCCGGCCCAACCCUCUGAACAACCCCAGGCGGCCUUACUACUGAGUAUUCUGGAGAAACACAGAAACAUACUUUCCAGACAACCAACCAAGCAUUCGUGGACUGUAGAAUGUUUUGGACUGCAUUUCUGCCCGCCCUUUCCGUUGUCUCAAGUGUCAUGCUAUGUAUUAAAGUCCCAAUGCUUGCCCACUGUGGGAGCCUGGUUGUGCCAUCA